GGAGGGUAGUGCUGCGACGUUCGAGGCUCAAAUUAGUGGUUCUCCAGUUCCUGAGGUGAGCUGGUUCCGUGAUGGCCAGGUUCUUUCCGCCGCCGCUCUGCCCGGCGUUCAGAUCUCGUUCAGCGACGGCCGCGCUGUUCUGAGGAUCCCCGCUGUGACCGCCGCACACAGCGGAAGAUUUUCCGUCAGAGCCACCAACGGCGCUGGACAAGCCACAAGCACCGCUGAACUCCUCGUUACAGCGGAGACGGCGCCUCCCAGCUUCCUUCAGAGACUGCAGAGCUCCUCAGUGCGACAGGGCAGCCAGGUGAGGCUGGAUGUCCGAGUCACAGGUAUCCCCACACCCGUGGUGAAGUUUUACAGAGAGGGAGCCGAGAUCCAGAGCUCAGCCGACUUCAGGAUCCUCCAGGAGGGAGACCUGUACAGUCUGCUGAUCGCUGAGGCCUUCCCAGAGGAUUCUGGGACAUAUUCUGUGACUGCCACCAACAGCAGCGGACGGGCCACUUCCACUGCUGAACUGCUGGUUCAGGGUGAAGAAGCCGUUCCAGCAAAGAAAACUAAGACAGUGAUUUCAACCUCUCAGAUUUCACAGACUCGUCAGACCAGAGUGGAAAAGAGGAUGGAGGCCAGUUUCCAGGCCACCGCCAUGAUGGAAAUGCAGGUGGAGGGUGCUGAGCUGACUCAGCAGCUGGCUCACAAGACUCCACCCAGAGUCCCUCCCAAACCCACGUCCAAGUCCCCAACACAGCCCUCGCUGGUCGCCAAGGUGACCGGAGGACGCCAACAGUCGCCGUCACCUGUCAGACACGUGAAAGCACCCACGCCCACACCUGUCAGGCCGGUCAAGUCCCCCAUCACCGCGCGCAAACAGGUUGCCGUUGGUGCCGACGUCCUGCCGCCCUGGAAGCAGGGAGACUACAGGGCUGAGGCCAGCUACACCACCAUGACUACCGUGACUGGCAUAAGCACCGUCACCCAGCUGGGCCAGGAGCAGCGCUGGGAGCAGCAGGUCACUGGGGUCAAAGAGCCCCAAACUAUCCAAAUGGAGUCUGAAUCAUCUGAAGCACCAGGAAACCUGAGUUUUACGCUGAAUUCAGAGGUUUUGGACGACACUGCAAGCCACGAGGAGGAGAUGGUAUGUGACCCCGACUUUCAUCAUUCAGACUCAUAUGGUGAUGAGUUUAACACAAGCCAGGGAGGUGUUAGUGAAAGUUUUGAUGACCAAGAUGCAACUUCGUCAGUUGAAGAAGAGUGUGAGACUUUUCAGAGUCAUGUGGGGAUGCCACCUGACGGCGUAGGCAACGACGAGACAGCGUACGAGAUGUGUUUUAGUCCGUCGUACAUCAGUGAAGAUCUCUCGUCUGUCUUUCACCACAAAGACUCCUCACCUGUUUCAAAUGGAGAGCCCGUCCACCUCAAUCCAACCCAAGGAACUUUCACAUUUCAUUACCGAGAAGAAGAGAUUCCCUUAGGUCUUAAUCCUGAGAGGUGGUGUUACCGUGAUCCAAACCAGGAUGUCCACCCAGCGAUCCAGCUUCCUGAGGAGAAGGUACCUCUUGGUCUGUCACGAGCGAGUGUUGCUCCCUCAUCUUUUCUGAGCACUUUCACAGCCUCUUUUUUCCAUUUUUUGUGGUGGUCAUGUCACCUUUCUUCACCUUCAGCAGUUUUUGCUCUGUUCAUGAUGCUGUUUAUUUUCUUUCAGCUGAUUACAGUGUUUGUUACUGCAUGUCAAACAGAUGAGCAUGUGUUGUCCUCAUCAGAUAAGCUUAAACAAUUAUCUGAGUACGUUUACACGCACACUAGUAUCCAAGCUAAAUUACAUAUCUAUUAUCAUAACUUCUGUUUUUCUGACAGUAGACAAUGA